CAACCUCCACCUCCUGUACCCUCACCUGGAGUAAGGUCGGGAAGCCAGAGCUCCCUUUCCACUGCCACUCCUUCCUCUCUCUUAGUGGCUCCACCCAAACCUCCCCGUGCAAAUAUUAAAUCGGUGGGACCGAAAAAGGAGAAACCCGUUGGGAACUUUAAUGCCUAUGAAACUGAGGAUCAACAACGUGAAGACGAGCAACGGCUCAAGGAGGCAUUUCCUCUGCAGUCUAAGAAUAUCCGAAUGCGGCAUCCUGGAGGCUGGAUCGAGAGGACUGACGAAGACGGAAACAGUUUCUACACUCAUCCUGAGUCGUCGGACCAGGGUAUCGCAUGCACGUCACGAUCACGACGUUUCGUUUACUUCAUCGUUGUUAUAUUUUUACUGGUUAAUAUCUCGCAGUGGAUUAAGGUGGUGAGUAGCAACGGUCAAACCUAUUUCUACGAAAAGGCUUCGCGCAAGUCCGCGUGGGAUCUCCCCACACUGGAGCCGCGGAACGUCCCCAUCACACCUGUGUCGUCUAGACGACCAAUGAGUACGAUCGGCGAACUUCUCUCAGCUCCUGUCAACUGUUACACUCCAGGGACCAUCAACACCAUUGAUCUUAGCGAGGCUCAGGCCAAAUUCGGCGCUCGCAAAAUUCCUGUCUGUGUAAGCCAUAGCACUUCUUUCAUCGACCCACGUUGGUUGCAGAAAAGCGGUGACAAUCUUUCGACAUUGUCUGCACAAGAAGACGGCUCGAGCCGAUUCUACCGGGUCUCAAAGGAUCACAUCACUGGACCCAUCGAGAACAAGAUCCGUGCGACAGAGCGACGAGGUCAAGUAAAUUUCACCAAAUACUCAGUAAACGGGGUUUCUGUUCCCAAGAAGUGGACUCCCUCAAUCCUUGUUCUCAUCGGGCCAAUUCUUUACGUCUAUAAGGACUCAAAAUCGCAAAAGGGCUCUGGUAUAUCGGGAAAACCGGAGCUGGAGUCGCAUGUGAAAAACCUUCAAAUAUCUUCUGCUGACAAGACUUACACCACUCGGGAGCACACCUUCGUGUUGAAGGAUUCCACUGACCCAGACAAUGUUGUCGAGUACCUAAUAGAAGUGCCUUCUGCGGACCUCCGCAGGGCCUGGGAAACAGCUCUUCAGUACUCUCAGGACUUCGUUAAGGAGGAUCGGUUUGACAGAAGAGUUCUCUCCACCCGUAGCUUUCUUUUCCGAACAGGACCGCCUCCUGGUGUUGACCAAAAGGUGAUUGUGAUGCUUCGCGAAUUUUUUCGCAAACGACCCACUUUGGAGAGCAUUCGCGAGGCAGGCAUCCUUCAAAAUGAACCCGUGUUCGGUUCAAACCUCAUUGAACUGUGUGAGAAGGAACAAACCAAGGUGCCAACAUUUGUUACACGGGUAAUUCGUGCGGUAGAGGCAAGAGGUCUCGAAACCAAUGGUCUGUAUCGCAGGAGCGGGAAUGGCGCUGCAAUUCAGAAGUUACGCAAUCAAGUCAAUCACAGUGAAUACUCGCUGAAUUCCGAUGAAUGGGAUAUCUAUGAACUUUCCGACAGUCUAAAGUUGUUCCUAAGGGAGCUUAAGGAGCCCCUUCUCUUGUACUCUCUCUACGACGAUUUUAAGGGCUUUAGUUCUACGAUGGGUUCGGACUCAAUCGACCAAAGUGUUAGCAAAAUGCGCAGCAUUUUGAAAAGACUACCUGAGUGCCACUAUGCAACUGCCAAGUUGAUCUUCGAGCACUUGAACAAAGUCGCGGCACUUGAAAGUGUCAACCAAAUGAGCGCAAAGAAUUUGGCCCUCGUAUUUGGACCGAACAUGAUGUGGCAGGACACGCCGACUGACGAUUAUGCCCGCUUCCCUGUCGUUGGCUGUGCCUGUACAGAGUUCAUGAUCACCAACAACGCCGCUGUAUUCGCCCCCUCCACUCAGCCAAGCUAA